AUGGACAAGGCUCCCAUUCCCAAGGAUGCCUCGUCCAGGGAGCCGCUGGACGAGAUGGUGGCACGGUCCGGAACUGUCUUCGGCAUGGAGGAUAUUAUGGCGCUAUUCGGGCAGGAGGUAUCUGUCAUGCCGUUGGACUCCUGGGUUGGCUUUGUCUCGCCUUUAUUCGCGAUUGGAAUAGGGAUGAGCGUGGACGACCCAUCGUCCGGACUGAAGCUGCAUCUGAUUCCGUCGGUCUGCCGGGAGGCUUACGAUUUCCAGAUCGAGUCGGCGCAAUUCAAGAUAGCAAAUGCGGCAGGGCCUGGGCUGAACUUAGGUGGCUCCCUCGACGAUGUCGUAGAGAUGUACGUGGACAAGGUUGUGCCCAAUUCGGAGGCCUGCAUCCCACAGCUGGUGGCGACAAUGGGUAUCAUCCCACUGGAAGCUCUUCCCACAAUUUUCCCAGGGACCAAGUUGCAGAACGUGACAAUUCUGACUGCUGUGGAACUCAUGCAGAGGAUGGCGGCCGACGGGCGUAAUGUUGGUUUCGACCUGCUCAAGGUACUCGAGCAAAUGUACGCACAGGGCGUUGCUCAGGUGCACGUCUACGGUGAGGAAUCGAUCGAGAGUUGGGCCGAUAAGUUGGCCAGCUUCGCGAAGGGCUCCCUGAUCAAGGUUUUGGCCCCCGCACUGUUCUCGAACAUCGUCACCAUCACGGCGAACCACGGAAGCAUUGUACCGCCCCAGGCAGGGAAGCCUGCGCGGCAGUGCAAGGAUAUUAUCAAGGGCAUGUUUCCGUGGAUUAUUGGCCGCAAAUUCGCGGAGGAGGUCCUUACCACAAACGGGCGGAAUGAGGCCGAGGAGACGGCGUGGGAGACCAUGGAGGCUUUCUCUGAGAAUUUGGACCAGCUCACAUGGCUGGACCAGGAGACGAAGAGUGCAGCGAAGCUGAAGCUUAGGCACAUACGCGUCAAGAUCGGUUGGCCAGCUUGGAUCUUCGAUGACUCUAACCUUCUCAAGUUCUACAGCUUUGCCCUUGAGUUUGACACUGGCAUGAAGUUUGCGGAGAUGGUGUGGAGGACGAAGUACCAUUUGUUGCAGCGGGCUAUCUCCCUCACCGACGUCCCGAAGGAUUGGGACAGCUUCUGGAUGUACCCCCCAGAUCUGAUGAACAUGAUGUACAACCUGCAGGCCAAUGAUAUCAUCGGCUACGCGGCAUUCCUCCAGAAGCCUUUGUUCGACGAGGACGCCCCUAUGUCUUUCAAUUUCGGUUUCCUCGGUAGUGUCUACGGUCACGAGCUGUCGCACGGUUUCGACUCCAGUGGUGCCACGAGGGGCCCAUGGGGUAAUACCAGGGAUUGGUGGUCGACCUCAGCCAAGGAGAAGUUUCAUCAACAGCAGGCGUGCUUCGUCGAUCAGUACUCAAAGUGGCCGCUCUAUGGCGACACGCCUCGUGGCACGCUGGACACAAACAGGGUGCUGUACGAUAAUGGCAAGAAAUGCCUUGGCGAGAACAUUGCUGACUCUGGUGGCCUCGGUCUGGCUUUUCUGGCCUACAAGAACUGGGUCGCCAGGAACGGUCGGGAGCUGAGGCUCCCGGGACUCGAGAAGUUCAGCCCAGAGCAGCUGUUCUUCAUGCGCUACGGCGCCGGCUGGUGCGACGUGGCCGACUUCGCGAAGCUGAAUCACACAGUCAACUCCUCAGAUCCGCACUCGGUGGCCCGGAUGCGCAGCGUCGGCGCCGUGCAGAACAGCAGAGCGUUUGGCCGGGUGUUCGGGUGCGAGGUGGGCGCGAGGAUGAACCCGCCGGUUCCGCAGAAGUGCGAGCUCUGGGGCAUCGACGCGAGCGACCCCCUCCAGCCUGGGACGCCCGCACGGACGCCGGCGCCGCCCAGCGAGGACGCACAAGCCCACGCCAGCGCCAGUGAAGCAGGCUUACGACGGGAAGUACGUCUUGGACUCUGGCCAGGGCGGGCCGGAGAGCCUCCAGCCGACGAUCACGAUCCAUCAGGGCCGCUGGAGCGGCCAGCUGCUGCCGACGGGGGUCGAAGACUAGGGGACGGCGUGGUGAAGUUCUUCGAGGAGACCCUCAUCCGCCCUGGGCGGCGGAGGUUGCGGAUGUCCAAGGGCCGGCUCUUCGAGGGCGACGGGGCCACGCUCGUGGGCGAGAUGGACUUCUCGUCUCGGUACGGCAAGGCGGUGCUCAAGCACGGGCACAAGGUGCUCACCUAUGUCGCCCACAGGGUGCCGGAGGGGUGA